AUACAUCCGCUUAUUCAGCUUGCAUUCAAUCUUACUAUGUUUCGUUCUUAAAUGCAUAACUGCAUUUUGCAUUUACCGCUACAUUGACGAAUCACAUACUUCAUCUUGACCAGUAACGCCACCUGUCGCGUCAUAUCCGGGGCCAAAAGAACGAACAUGCCCAUGGUGAUUGCUCGAUAUCUAGGCCUAGUGAUCAUGGUCUGUAUUGCGCUUGAACAUUGAAAACGAAAGUAGGACAAAAAUGGCAAAAGGUUGGACGACUCCAGAUGCCGAGCAGUUUAAGAUGAAAAUAGAAGCAAAUUAUGCAGCAAUAUUGGGAACUGUUCAAGCUGAGGAUAUAAUGGAUAGAUUUGUCGACAAGGGCUACUUUUCCAUUGCAGAUGUAGUGGAAAAAAUAAUGGCAAAGAAAACUAACAAUGAAGAAAUGAGAGUGCUUAUACAACUCCUCAGUGAACGUAUACAACAACAUGGGAUAUUAGAUUUCUUUUUAGAACAGUUGACCGAUAAUGGUUAUGACAAGUUAGCAAGGGAAAUAAGAGAAACAGAGAUAAAACCAAUUCAAGUGUCUGAAGGCAGAGCAGGUACAGAUAACCACAGAUAUCCACAGAUUCCGGAAAAGUUGAAAAACAAGGUCGUCACAGAUAAACAUGCCAUGUUCCUUGCAAGGACAUUUUCACCCUAUAAAGUACUCAAAUUUGGUGUUUUUCUUGGUUUCAAUGAAACAGAAAUCUCGCACGUCCAAGCAGAUUAUCGAAAGUAUGGAGAAUCUACAGUCGUGCAGCAAAUCAUCAUCAGGUGGAAAAACAGAACUGGUUUUUCAGCAACACUUGGAAAACUACUGGAAAUUUUUGAGAAAAAUUCAGAUGACAUUGAGCUUAAUGCAACUGAAUAUGAAAAAGCAUUGGAAAAGAUUUCCAAGUCAUGAAUGGAUUAAUUUUCUUUACCUUUUACUGUUUUGUAAAUUGAUCAAUAUAUAUCAUGUUACACUAGUUUCCAUUCCAUAACAAAUCCAUUCAGGGCUUUAAAGUUUCAUUUCUAAUCAAAACAAAAACAAAACAAAAAAUAAUGAAAAAAAUAAGUAAAUUUUCAUUCAUAAACUAAUUUAAGGAUAUAGUUUUAAGCUGCACUUUUACCUUAAUUAAAUGUAAAAUAUACUAGUAUAUAUAACAUAGUAACACAAUUGACGAAGGAAGACAACGUUAUGACUCGUGCCCUGACCGGGCCUCGAACUCACGAUCUACGGCACCUAAUCGUCUAGCCAGAAAUACCUGCAGCUUAUACCGCUGCGCCACAUCGGCAUUCUUAAAAAGUAUGUUUCAAUGGCGCAGUGAUGGACAGCCCAGUAUCCUGACAUGGUCAUAGUUUAAGUCGUCUAUUAGAUGAUAUGAAUACCUGGAUCGCAAUGUACGUAUUUACAUACAUGGAUGGGAAUUGUACACAUAUUAUGAAUAUUCAUCAGAGUACAACUACGACAAGAAAUUCAAAUCUUUACCUGACGAUGGUACUUUGUAGACACAGGCUAGCUUUGAAGGUGAUAUUAAAAUCAGAACCCUUUAGAUUAGGUGGUCUAGUGGUAGGAUGUAGGGCUACAUACACUGUAGCCGAAUGGUUGCAAGUUUGAGUCUUGCCACUGGCACUGUAUUGUAUCCUUGAACAAGAUACUUUACUCUGUUGUGUUCCAGUUGACUCAGCUGUAGAUGAGUAUGUGGUACAGGUAGGGUAGUACAAGAACUGUUGUGUGUAAGCCUGUUAGGGCCAAAAUGUCAGCUCCCGCUGUAUGCUUCCCAGGGAGUUGAGAAAAGACCCAAUAACCACGGAUAAUAAUUUGUGAACCACAUUGGGACGGCUAUGUUGCUGUGAUACAGAGGUAUAUAAAACUCCAAACUAACAAUUAUUAAUCAUAAUUCCACUGAACAAUAUAUACAAUGCAUUUCAAAGAGUAAUUGGUGUUACUUCUGAUGAAGGGCCAUUUGUAUGUUUUAUAAAUGGUACGUUGUAGUGACUAACUAUUGUAUAUGAAAUUACAUGAAUUAAACAGGGAGCCCAAAUUAAGCUCUUAGCUGUCA